GUUGUGCAGACCUAUACUUCUUGACAGCACCAUGAAGACACUGACAGCCUGUCUCCUUGUGGGGCUUCUAGUUCUUUGGACUGAAUUACCCUCCACAACUUCAAAUACCAUCCCUGCAGCAGAGAAACCUGGGAAUUGCCCUCCAGAUCCCUUUUUGUGCACCUUACCAGGACCUAAUUCCUGCAGCAGUGAUGGAGACUGCCCAGAAAAGGAAAAGUGCUGCCCCUUCAACUGUGGCACAAUGUGCCGUGCUCCAAAGUAAUUUCCUGAAUUAUUAUUCACAACCUGAGGAUGGUGCCUUGGAAACUAACUCACCGUUGCCCUCUACAGGCCGCAUAAUGCUAAACAAAUAAACA